UUUGGUCACCCAUCUAUUCAGCUUACAGAGAGCCACUGUAACUCCAUGACUAACAACAUCCCAAGGAGAAACAUCAUCUGCAGACCUCCAUCCAUAAAACCAAAAAGAACAAUUUCUUCUUAUAGAUAAAAGCUGGGUACGUUUUUUAACCAGAAACACUUUUCUACUGUUUCUCUUUUUCUUUCCAAGCAUUCAAACUUGCAUUAUCCUAUCCAUACCAUUCCCUUUUACCCCUUCUCUCUCUUUCGAUUCUACCCACCAAGCCAAAAAUUGCAGCGCCAGCAAGAGUGGAAAUCCACCAUUGGCAUCAAAGAGUGCACCUGCAACUGGGUUCACUUUGAUUUCUCCGUUGGAGCUUCCACCCCCUGCAAAUAUGAGAGUAGUGCUUUGGGAGUAUGUCGGGCCAACACAACUAAGAAGAGCCAAGCAAGUGGAACGAUGAUGAGCAUGAACUCUGCUUCUGCUGCCCCUCAUCGGGAAGAGCUGCAGGAUCAGACCGACGCCAGAAUGCCUGGUUCCGGUGGGAUUAUGUAUGUCAGCUCUGGUACUACUGAUGCUCAUGACCUCACAGACCGUCAAUUUCCCCCAGGAUUACUGGGAAGAGCGUGAUGUUCGUUGGGGAUUCUCGCGGAAUCAGUUCGAAUCGUUGAUUUGUAUGAUUGUGUGGCAUAGCUGCCUCCAUCUCCAUCUCCCCCAGUUAAUUUUCAGGUUUCUUUUUCACAUUGAUUGUUCAUGGGCGGUUAUCAUUUUUCCAGUAAUGAACGACUUAAAAAAGGAGGGUGCAAUGGAAGAAAAAUGAAAACCAGUCACACACAGUUUGGUGUAAUGUCUUGUCUCCUUUUCACCACAACAAGGCUUCAUCUUCAAAGUGGGGGAUUGAAAGUGACGAAAUAAGCACCUUAUCUCAAGUGGGUAAUUUCUGAUUUGUACCAUUAAAAACUUUAUCUUUACCCUUAAGCCAACAACAAGAACACUCUUAGCACUAUCUUUGAGGUGAGCAGCUGCAAAGCCACCAUCAAGCUUUGAGGUCAAUUUGGACAUCAACUCAAGAUUGAGACUUUUUCCCUUCCCCCACAUUCCUCUCUUUCUUCCUUUCUUCUUUAUAGCCAAGUUAAGCAUCAGUUUCCCCACCAAAGUUUUAGCUUUUUUGUGUAUUGUCUAAUUCCUUUCUCUGAAUCAAAAUGGGUGUGUUCUAUCAGGAAGAGCCACCCCCCCAAAACCCAUCAAAGAAAUGCAAGUUCCUCCUGGUUUCAACUCUCAAAGAUGCUUUCUCCAUCUGUCGAUCUUGCGGCGGCCACAUAAGCUCUCUCCAGCAACAGCAGGAUGAGGAUUAUGUUCCCAACACGACAACUGAGCUCGAAGAUGUUGAUGAACACGAAGUUGUCGUGUCAGCAAUCAGGAGCAGAGCCAUGGAGAAGUCGAAGCAGAAGGUGUUUGUGAUCACAGAUAGCUAUUCAGGAGAACUGCUCUUUAGUCCUGAGAAGUAGAAGGAUGGAGAAGUUGAAAAGGAUGAAGAUUUCUUCUCUGUUGGGAGCUGUCUUUCAUGUUGUUCGAGCGGGUUGAGCAAGGGGGGCGAAGAGUUCUUCUCAGUGAAGACAAACUUGUUGUCGAGGUGUUCGAGCUUGAGUCAGGUAGAGUUCCCAAGUUUUCACAGGCGGGUUUCAAUAUUGCAGGAGCUCUGCCACUGCCAAGGGUGGCCAUUCGGUCUCUGCAGGAAGGCUGUUUUGCUCCCACCUCUGCCUAAGUCUCCCUCUGAUUCCUGGCUAUGGCGGAAAGGCACUGGAUCACCCAGGCUGCUUUAGAGUUCUUGCAGCUUGCAACAAAGACGAGAACUUUUGGAAGAGUUUGAGAAUAAGAUAGACUGCUGCGGAAGGAUACAAAGUUUAUUGUUCUGUCAUAUUGUCAUGUCUAUUCCCACGUAUCAGAUUCUAGAUUGGAAAUCAAAAGUUCAAUCCUAUUCCAUCAAGAAAUUCACUGUACGAACAUCAAUAUUCUAUGAGAUAGUUUUCGAUGAUCUGCUAAGGAAAC